CGAGACGCCCGACGGGGUGGGGGUCGCCGCUCGCCCGCUCUCCCGCUCUCCGGGUCGCCCGCACUUUACGGCUGCCGAAAACCGGCCCCGCCCGCCGCCGUACCGCAGACCCGGGGUGCCGCUCAGAUCUCUGGCUGGACAUCAGAAAUAGCUUUUGAUGGCUUAGGGCCUCCUUCUUGAGACCCCAGGUAGCAUGCACUUAUCAAAACCUGUCCUCAUCCUGGCCCACACGCGCUCCAAUAUUUAACAGUCACACUCUGCUUUCCAUUGGACUGAUCCUGGAUUCCAUAGUAAAAAGAUGGCUUAUCAGAAGGUCAAUGCAGAUCUAAGAACCUCAGGACACUCACAGUAUUUAGACAAUGAUGACAUCCAAGCCACUGCCCUUGAUUUAGAGUGGGAUAUGGAGAAGGAAUUGGAAGAGCCUGGCUUUGACCAGUUCCAACAAGAUAAUGCUGAGACCCAGAACUUGGGGCAGUCAGAAACUUUAGACCUCCACCUUGAUUCCAUUCAACCAGCAACUUCACCCAAAGGAAGGUUCCAGAGACUUCAAGAAGAGACUGACUAUGUUACCCACUACCCAAGAUCCACACCAAAGAGCAACCACUGCAACGUUUGCUACCUUUUAAAAACGAUUUGCACAGCCACCAUUCUAUUUAUUUUUGGGAUUCUAAUAGGUUAUUAUGCACACACGAAUUGCCCUUCUGAUGCCACACCAUCAAGAUCAAAUGACCCUCAGUUUUACCAGGAUAUUCUCAAGACAAUCAAAGCAGAAGACAUUAAGAAAUCCUUCAGAAAUUUGCUACAACUCUAUAAAAGUGAAGAUGACAUGGAAAUUUCAAAGAAGAUUAAGACUCACUGGACAGCUUUGGGCUUGGAAGAUACACAGCUUAUGAACUACUCAGUGUUGCUGGAUUUCCCUGGGCCCUCUCCAGGCACCAUCACUGUGAGCAGCACUGGCCAGUGCUUUUAUCCUGAUGGCCAGCCUUGCCGGGAAGAAGCCAGAAAAGGCCAUAGCCAAGAUCUGCUCUCAUCAUAUGCUGCCUAUUCUGCCAAAGGAACUCUCCAGGGUGAUGUCAUCGAUGUGAGCUAUGGAACUGCAGAUGAUUUUAAAAGGAUUACAAAAUUAAAAAAUACAGCAAAUCAAAUUGCACUUCUGAAAUUAGGAAAAUUACCACUGCUCUAUAAGCUUUCCUUAUUGGAAAAGGCUGGGUUUGGAGGUGCUCUUCUCUACACUGACCCUUGUGAUAUACCAAAGUCUGAAGAUCUUAGCUCUGAGACAUUUAUGGUGACACUGAACCCAGGAGGAGACCCUUCUACACCUGGGUACCCCAGCCUUGAUGGAAGCUUUAAACAGAGCCGACCAAACCUCACCUCCUUGUUAGUGCAGCCGAUCUCUGCAUCCUUCGCUCAAAAACUCAUUGGUUUGCCAAAACUGAGAAUGGAUAAUGAUGCCUGUAGCCCUCUAAAACUCCCAUAUAAUGAGAAAAGAACUGUACACUUGCAAAUACAGACAGAAACAACAUUUAAAACAGUGACGAAUGUUGUUGGCUAUCUAAAAGGUUUGACAUCACCAGAUCGGUAUAUUAUAGUUGGCAGUAACCACCAUGCUGGAUACAGUUAUAAUGGACAAGAUUGGGCCAGCAGUACUGCAAUAAUCACAGCAUUUAUCCGAGCCUUGAUGUUAAGAGUGAAGAAAGGAUGGAGACCAGAACGUACUAUUGUUUUCUGUUCAUGGGGAGGAACAACUUGGGGCAAUAUUGGCUCCUAUGAAUGGGGAGAGGAUUUUGCAAGGAUUCUCCAAAAGAAUGCCGUGGCUUACAUUAGCCUCCAUAGUCCUGUCCGUGGCAACACCAGUCUGCAUCCAGUAGCAUCUCCAUCUCUCCAGCAACUGGUUCUAGAGAAAAUUAAGUUCAACUGUUCCAGAAGAGCUCAGUGCCCAGCAGUCAAUGUCAGUGCCAUACAGAUACAAGGUGACGCUGAUUACUUCAUCAACCAUCUUGGAAUUCCGACUGUACAGUUUGCUUAUGAGGACUUGAAAGCAUUAGAGGGUCCAAGUUUUCUCUCUGAAGCCAUUUUCCCUAAACAUGCAACAAAAAUUGAAGAAGUGGAUCCAUCUUUCAACCUCCAUGAAGCCGUUACUAAGCUCUCAGGAGAAGUAAUUUUACAAAUUGCCAGUGAACCUGUUCUGCCCUUCAAUGCCCUUGAUAUAGCCUUAGGAGUUCAAAACAGCCUUAAAGGUGGUGAACCCAGUGUCCCUUACCUGCUUGCAAUGGCUUCACGUUUGAGGGAGAGUGCUGAACUCUUCCAGUCAGAUGAGAUGCGGCCUGCUAAUGACCCAAAGGAGAGAGCUGCCAGUCAUGUCCGCAUGCUGAAUGACAUCCUUCAAGACCUGGAGAAGAACUUCCUGGUUGAGCAGGUGCCACCUGGAUUUUAUAGAAACAUCCUGUACCAUCUUGAUGGGAAGACAAGCCAGUUUUCCAUCCUCAAGGAGGCUUGGGAGCACCGCAGUCCACUGGCAUCUAAUGAGACCUUUCAAGAGGCCCUGUCCGAUGUGCUGAAUAGCAUUAAUUCAGCUCAGGGUUUCUUCAAAGCAGGAUUGGAUUUGUUUGAGAGUGUCUUGGUUGCAAAGAAUUGAGAAAACACUCAGCAUUUUUAAAAGUCUGUUUACAUUCUACAAGUAAAUUUCUAACCUGACCAGUGUGUGUGUGUGUGUGUGUGUAUGUUUGAUUGAAGACAUCCCCCCAGUUUAAAACUAUUACAUGGCAUAAUUUUAAAAUUACAUGAGAAAGAACAUUUUGAACAAUAUAAAUACUUUCUUAUAUCCCCACUUCAGUAUGUAACAGCAAUUAUUGAAAUAGUACUUAGAGAUUUAUCUAUUACAGAGAUAUAUGCUGUAUUUUUAUAAAUAAAAAAACCUGGAGGGAUGUUAACAUGUUCUUGGCAUCAACACCACGGUGGACAGAAUGUGGAGGAAUGCCAGCAUGCAUUGCUGAAGUCUCCGGUGACUAACUUUCUACGUCAGACCUGGAGACCUGAUGAGGUUUCAGAUAACUUUUCAAGUAACUUCAAUAUGAAGAAAUAAUGCAUUUUUCAUGAGUGAUUGAUGCCCAGAUCCACUACGAAUGUUUCUAUUUUAAAAUGAAGUUCCUCUUCUUGACAAAACUAGAUGUAGUAAUGCACUGGUUAUGAAGUUGUAUUUUGUAAGUACUAAUGAAAAAAGUGCCAUAAACAUUCCAAGGAGAAGAACCCUGAAGAAACUGUAUAGAGCAAUUUAAAUGCAAAUUUUUCCUAAGGUGACAAGUUUUGGAAACCUUAAAUUGCCUCAGUUGAUGUUACAUGAACUUUAUCAAUGAUGUACAUUUGACAAGGAAGAGCACAUUAUUUACCUCACUUUCUCUUGUUUCUGAUGAAAUGACAGAAACAGGGAAUAGCUAAAGGAGAGCAUCUCAUAUGUCUGCACCUCACUCCUUACAUCUUUCCCACAACCCCUUGUUAUAAAGUGGUUUUAACAGAACUGUAUGAAACUAGAAUGAAAAAAAUUACACAGUUUGUUUUUGAAAAUACAAAGUAUAUUCAAAUGCAUCUUAGUGUUGUUUUAUAGUACUGGAAAAACAAACCUUACCAAAAAAGAGAUGUUUGUUUUUGUCAACAAAUACUCUAAAUGCAGGAAGAAAAUUCAACAUUUCCCCCUAUGUUAUCCAUAAUACGGGCAAAGGCAAAAACAGUGAAUAGGCAUGCCACUUACAUAAAAAGUGGAGAGUUUCAUAGUCUUUGUCUGUAAAUUUUAUCAUGUAGGAGACAGACUUUGUAUUUUGGCAUUGUCAUUCAAAAACUCCACAAUCCAUCGUCCCUUCAAAGUAAAAAAAUUCUUUCUAGUGAUGGACAAGCAAAACUUUUUGCCUACCUUCUAAAUACAUUUGUUUAAAAAAUAUUUUUCUUGUUACAGUUUCCCUUUGGGAAUAGACCACCAGAAUAUUUCUUAUGACAAUCCCUACCAAUUUCAAUCCUGAAACAAUUGGCCUUACCCAUGCCAGGGAACUUCUGAGGCUACCCAUGUGUGUCUCAUUUUUUACUUCUUUUGGGUGAAUAUAAAAUAAACGUUAUUUAAAAAGAAAGCUAGAGUUGAGAGAAAAGAAUUAAUCAUCAUUGACUAAGUGAUUUAUAGGGGUCACCUCUUCCCAGCGUUUGUAAUGUUUGUGCGCUGAAAACAGAGGACUGGGACAGUUAGCUAGAUAAUUCAAGCGGAAACACAUAAACAUCUGAAGUGCCUAUAUACAUACAUUUUCAUGUGAUAAAUGAAACUAUAUUGUACUUUUUUAAUGUACUUAUUUAAUGAAAUUACUUUAGUUGCACUAGUUUGAGAAUGUUCGCCACAUUGUUGAGUGUGUAUGCUUAAGUGGCUUAAGGGUCUGGGCACUGCUAGCUGGAAAUGCUUCUUUGCAAUCAUCUGCAGACAUGAGCAGAUCAAGGGUAACAGAAUGCUUAUACUGUCAGAGAGUCCUAGCCUAUGUCAAGGGUGUUCAUCACUGAGUCCAAGGUCAUGCAGUUAUUCAUUUAGUAGAUUAUCAUCUUAGAUAAAAAACAAAUCGUUUUAGUACAAUAAUUCAUAAAGGGAUUGUGUCAAUCCUGCAUCUUGAUAAAACAUCUCUUGAAAGCCUAUGAAAAUAUAAAAAGGGCACAUUAGUGAGGGAUCCCAAAGAGUUUGAAAAUGCCAUCAUUAAAACGCCAAACAAGCAUCUCUGAACAAGUGUUCAGAACACAGGAGCACUUGCAACUCAAUCGUGAGGACCUGAAUUCACUCUCCAGUAUCUACUUCAGGAAGGUCAUAAAUGCCUGUAAAGUCCACCACAAAGGGAUCUAAUGUUGCCCUCCUGAGCUGCAGAGGCAUUGUGUACCUAUUCACACAUGAACAAAAUAAACCCCAAACGAAACAUAAUAACACAAAGGAUGACCUUUUUAUCAGUAAAAGAGAAGUCAGAUGUAGCCAUCUAUGCCAGCUAUGGCAGGCACUGGUCUAGACAUGGUUUACUUUUGGUUUCUUUUUCUUUUUUUCUUUUUUUGGUUUUACGAGACAGGGUUUCUCUGUUUUGUUUUGGAGGCUGUGGGUCCAGCCCAUCCUCAAACUCACAGAGAUCAGCCUCCCUCUGCCUCCUGAGUGCUGGGAUUAAAGGCGUGUGCCACCACCGCCCGGCUGGUUUCUUUUUCUAGUUAACUACAUACAGCAAUUCAUUUAAGAAGGAAGAAGCAUGUUUAAUGUGAAUGUUCAGAGUUCUCAGAUUAAUAUAAAAAAUGUGCUUUUUCUUCUCAGAGGGACCCUGUAAUGUUAAUGUGGCAACCCUUACACUAGGCACUGCAAAGAACAGAAUUCCUUUGAUUUGAAAACACAAUGUGAUGCAACAUUUCAGUGUGCACUUUGCACAUAUGACCAGCCUUAGCUAGUUCAUCAACAGCCUUGGCCAGGAGCCACUUCACAAUAAUCCCAAAAUACAUAAAAAGCAGCCUACAUAAACACCUAUGGCUGUAGCCCACCUAAAUAAUGGUGUGCCUGUGUAAGUUUGAAACACUUAGAAAACAGAUAAAAUUAAACAGGAAAUUAUAUAUUAUCAGCACAGCUAGAUUUCAAGUUUGAAUUCCAAACCUGAAUCCACUAAUCUCUUAAUAUCCUAUUCUAAAUGUCUGUCUGUACAACUCACUUAGAAGAAAACAACAGGUGCUUUCAUGUAGGACAAUGGCUGUAUUUCAGACUUCAAAACUCCAAAAAAUCAACUUCUUAAAUAAAUACAUAUAAUGCACAAGUUUUGUUUGCUGGAAAGAUAAGCAAGACAUAAAUAAAAUACAUGUUACCAUCUUAUCAGUGAUGAAUCAGCAUCUUGCCACAAAUUUAAAAAAAACACGUUUAUUUCCAGGAUAAAAGUAGACAUAGCUAAUAAUAUUCUCCUGAGAUACUCCACAGUAUGGGAAAUUAAUUCCUGCAAGGAUUAAGCUUUCUCUGAAGUUUCUACUUUGCCAUCUCAUCUCACUGGUUUAAUAUAUUACUGAUGUGUGCCUGAGCCACAAGUUUGCUUAAGAGAAAGUAGUUACUUUAAACUGCCAAUACAUGUGCUGAGAAGAAGGGAAAUGGUCUUGCAUAUUCCAAUGAAUUACUCUCCAAGUGUUUCAAUACAGGACUGAGAAUUCAGCCCAGGGGUGGGAAAACAUGCACAUACUAUAUGCCUGGCUAUGCUAGCAAAUUCGGAUCUGUCCUAUGAGUUUAAAUUUAUAAUUUAAAAAUGACUCAUUGGAAUUUGCUCUUCUGAAAUCUGGAAAAGCAUUCCAGAGUUUGAAGUAUUCUAUUGAGUGUGAAUAUUUUCCAGUUGAAUGGAUUUGUUUUAUUGCACAGAAAGUGACGUAAAUUUGAAGAAUUGCAAACUACAGUUUAGAAUGCUGCUGGUCAUCACUAUGUCCACUCAGAAAUAUGUUGUAUUUUCUUUCUAGAUAAACUCUAGAAAUGGUAGUAGACAUUCCCUUUCUGGAGUAGUGAUUUUAAGAUUCAUGUAUUCAACAUAAGUGUAUCUGUCAACUACUCAGAGUUUUCAUUCCAUAAUACCUUUCCAUUAUCGUUCAAAGAUGUACACUAAAAGUGCCUUUAGCAUAGAGAGAUUGUCAAGAAUCCUGAAACCUGACUUACUGUGAGGUGAUUUCUUUCUUUCCUUCCUUCCUUCCUUCCUUCCUUCCUUCCUUCCUUCCUUCCUUCUUUCUUUCUUUCUUUCUUUCUUUCUUUCUUUGUUUCUCUCUUUCUUUCUUUGAGACAGGGUUUCCAGUCUGGCCUCAAAAUUCACAGAGAUCUGCCUGUCUCUGCUUCAUGAGUGCUAGGAUUAAUGGCCUGCACCACCACCACCCAUCUAAGGUGACAAGUUUCUUAAAGGCAUUUGUAAUCUCAGAUUCAAUCUGGAUCAGGAUUUUAAGAGUAAAGGAAUAAACUAAGGCAGAUUUAGGGCUUCCCAUUGUAAUGUUUCUGGUUAUAUUAUUAUGUAUGUGUUUGGAUAUACAGUUACAAAGCUUGCAAUAAAUAAAGUGGUGAUAUUGAGGUAUAUAGCCACUCAGUGAAGCCAAAGAAACAAUGACUGUUCUGUUUGCUUAUUUCCAGGAUUCAGCCAGGAAUUAGACCACAAGCCAUUCAUUGACUGCCUACAACCAGAGAGAUCUUUAAUGACUAUACACAAUGCCUAACAGUAUUCAUUCUUGAUCCUUUGAUAGCAUCAGCCAAUAAGCACUGACAUAGAUAUUCUCAGAGGAAAACAGACUAUUUUCUAGGAUCUAAUUAUUAUGCACCACCUCAGUCACAAAAAGACCACACAGGUGCCUGUCCUAUGCAAUAUGUCAUGUGCUAUAGUUCUGCAAGCUCAGGAGAUUAAUAUAGAAUCAUUAUUAUGAAUGAUUAUGCUGCAUUAAUGUCGAUAGUGGUCUUUUGUUCUAAUGAAAGUGCAGAAUUGGCAUCUGUAUAGAAUUUCACUUAAGGCAUUGAGUCUAAGUCCCUAUUUUAAUGGACUGCAUAUAUUUUUCAAUCAAAAUGUAUAAUUAUUUAAUUAUCUAUGCUCUUCAGUAAUUAAAAUUCUAUAGCUUCUUCAAGAGACAAUAUUCGAUGUGUGGCCAUGCACAUGGUUAAAACCUGGGUUUCACCUCUGGGAUUUCUUAGCCAUUUGAGAAUGUGUUUUCUGUACAUACAGUGGGAUUUUAUUAAUAUUAAUAAAUGUGACUUUAUAUGCUAUUAAUGGAACUUACUCUCAAAGUUAGAACAAAAUACAACUAACUUAUAAGAAUGAUUUCCCUCUUUGUAUAGAGAAAGGCAAAUAUAUAAACAAACAAAAUAUUUCACUAUACCAUUGCAGAUUGUCCUCAAGAAGCAAAAUACCCAGAUGGUUAAGCGUAGCUCAUAUAGCUAUAUUCCAAGAAUGUUAUAAAUAAUUCCAUUUAGUGGCUAGACCAAACUCUAUUAGGUGAUUGAGUGUGUAUGUUGCAAACAGAGGGUUUUAGUAGUAAAUAUAUCCCACACAUUUUAACUUGCUAUUUGAAAAACAAAAUAUACGUUCAGAUUCAAAAAGCUUCCUAGUGCAUUCUACAGAAAAUUGCAUGGAAUUUUGUUAAUACUUUUCUAUGUGGGAUUUCAAUAUUCAUAUAUACAGGUGUUUAGUAUUUUUAGCUUUUAAAAUCAUGUUUUUAAUGAAACAACCUUUAAAUGGAUAAAUUUUAUUAAAAAUGGUUUUCCAAUGCUAUAAUAUCAAAAUAUAUAAUCUUAGAAUUACAAAUGCAAGACAUCAGGAUACAAUUUAUAGUUUCAUUUGGGGGAAAAUUUAAAUGAUUUUUGUUUACAAAUAAAUGUACUUUAAUUAAAACAAUCACCUCUCUAUGAGGUAUGCCCAUUAAUAACCUGCACUGAACUGUCUUGUUAAUUUUUGUUCAAGAUAACAUUAUUAUCAUCAGUGAUUGAUAAACUUCAUUGCAUAGAGAUUGCUAAAGUCAUUCCUGUCUACCUUGAUUUUUAAUAGCACUAGUUUAUAGGUAUAUAGCUAUAUUUUCCAAUUGCUAUAUAUGGUUGAAUGUUUACUUUCUGUGUCUGAAUGUCCAUAUAAAACUGAAUGUUUUUCAUGUUUCCCAUGUGUGAUCUCAAUUGAGUAUAUAACCGCUCUGUGUUACUACAAAUUAUUCAAUAUGCAGCUUUUGAUAUGAUUUAGGGUGAUAAAAUGGAUUGAGUAAGCAAAUACAUUAAGAAUGACUGAAUACUUUGUAUUUCACUUGCUUAAAUGUUUGCACAUAAUUGAAAACUUAGUUCUAUUAAAUGAAAGCAUCUUUAAAAUAACAUGUUAUGAUUCAUGAAUGCAAUGAAUAUAUAUAAUGAAAUUGUCAUUUUUAAAAUAAAUUUAAAAAAUAUAAAAUA